GUGACAGCGCUUUGCCAUUUCGGAGAAAGUGACCGGACUGGCAGCCGAACAGAUGAGUACCAUUUACUUACGUAAUUACCCAAAUUAUUACUGGAUAGUUGCACUACUCAUACAUAUUUCAGUGUAUGAAAAUUGUUUUUUUUAAAGAAAAACAAGUAGGCCUAGUCAUUUUACAUAAUGUUUUGAUUUCAGUAAUUGUAUUCCAAAAUGCAAUUCCAAAUACCCGUGUAUACGUAAAAUUACUUGGAUGUACAAACUCGUAAGAACAGCGCGAAAGUUUGAUCAAGUUAUCCUUAUAGUACAAAUAUCUGUAUAAUGAAUUGCUUGGGUUCUAUCGCUAAGCCACGCUUCGCGUAAAAUGCCAGCGAAGACGAUCCCACUACCGUCGGCUACCAUCGGACCCCAGUCCUGGCACGACGACGCGGUGCGAUCGAUCCGCCGAGCGGAGCGGCUGGUGCGGAAGGUGGGAGUCGCCGAUUCGGGCUCCAAGAGACCGCGCAGCUGCAUCGCCUCCGCCGGCUGCGCCUCUAGACGCGGGGACCCAGGCCGUAAAGCUGAGGGCAACUUUGUAAAAGAGGAUGACGGUGCAAAUAAGAAUGAAAUAAACAAUAAAAUUAUACCCUUAUCUGCAGCUGCUACGCGGCCGCGCUCCGCUAUCCUCCCGUUUUAUAGCGCCGUCUCCCCUCCCUUCCUGCGGGAGCGGUGCCUGGAUGCCGGUACAGGUGUAGCUGUGGGGUAUAUGCGCUGUGUGAGGAGUGUGGAGCUGCUGCUCCGUCGGCAGGCAGGCAAGGUGUGGCUGGAAUGUGUCAAGCUGGAGAGGGAACGGGGCCACCUAGAGGACAUGCUGAAAACUCUCAGGAAGAACCUGAUGGUCAACAGGAGGAGUGUGGAGGACAGGACACUGAGACCAGCCCUUACGGAGACUGGCAGAGAUGGAGCAGACGGCCUCCUGGAUUAUGAGAAAAGAGAGCUAACUGCACUGAAAAGCCAGCUGGAGGGCACACUGCGAAACGCACUGGAACAACUACAGGCCCUGAAACAGUGCAGCAAGAUGCUAUUAGAAUGUUCCAAUGAGCGGUUAAGGGUUCUGCAUCUACUGCCCCGCACUGGGUCUCACUCUGCACAGGGCUGCUGCUCUCCUGAUAGAGUCCAACUGGAAACCAGCCCUGUAGGCCCGUACACUCCAGAAUGCGAGCAAGCAAUGGCAUCUUCUUGCAUGGCUCUGAGCCAAUCACAGUCGCUCAGAGUUCAGAUCCGGCAAAUGAUACGUGAAGCCGCAGCCAGGCAAAAAGCAGCCCACCAAUCAGUGAAUGAAGGCCUGGUGAAGAAAAUAAAAGAGACUGUCUCUCUGAAGCAACACCUCACAGUGAGCUCAGCUGCGACAAGGAAUGCCAUUAGCGGCAAACAUAGGCAGCUGGAAGGGGUCGAGCAUAGCCACGGGAGAGCACUGGGUCCAGUGUCCUGUAGAGAUUUGCAGUCCAGAGAAAGGCUGGACAGGCCAGUGGUUCAGUUGUACCAAAGACACCCUGGUAAUCAGCUGUCUGAGGCUAUGCACAUUGUACAGGGUACCGCCCAGCUCCGACAGCACCUGUCCUCCCUGAGUGGAGAGCUGGGCCGCCUUAACGGGGCUCACAUGCAACUGAUGGAAAACCUUCAAGGGAAAGAGGCGGCAGCCCAUGUCGAUGCUGCAGUUGUCAGGCUUCGCCGACGUCAGACAGAUCGCCAUUAGGGGACGUCCUCUGAUUGGCUGCGGGGAUAAUGUCAAUAUCACACUCAUGUACUUCAUUUUGUGUAUUAUAACAUGUUCCACUGGAUCAUCAUGUAUUUGACUGAAUUUAUUAACCAAUGACUUUUUAAAUACCAAAGUGAGCCUUUCAUGGAAUGCAUGCAGUCAUUAUUGUUUUAGAGCCUUUAGUUUACAAUUGUGUGCUUUGUAUUUGUUGUUAAAAUCGUGAAGUGCAGUGUUGCAAGUAUUACAGAGAUCAGAUGAAUCUGACCUUUUUUCAGUUGUUAUUAUAAGUAAUUUUUUGCAUUAUUAAGAUUCAUUUUAUGUGUAUCUGAGAUUAAAAACGUCAUGUGGUUUUACCGAAUUGCACAAAUGAUCUCGUUUGUAGUGUAUAGUGCUGAUCAUUCAUGUUCAGGUGUAGAAAUAAAAAUUUUGAAUCCA